AGGCACCGCGUUCUAAAUACAGCAGGCGCCAAUCUCGUAUAGAGUUUUCCUUCUCCAUUCACAGGAGCUUAAACUUGAACGUGCACCAUGGACCUGUUCUCUAAACUCUUCAUCUUCCUCCUCUUUUCAUCAUCAAAACCAAUCCAUGCCUCCGGUUUCUAUCGCUUGGAGCGCGAAGAUCUUCUAUAUGUUCGCGACUCCUUGACUUCGACGGCGAACCUCCAUUCUAAGUGGACAGGCCCUCCUUGCUUUGAGAACCAAACCAGAUGGAUCGGUAUCACUUGCUUCAACUCCCACGUCGUCGGUAUAAACCUCACCGGGAUUCAACUGACAGGGUCCCUCCCGCCGAAAUCUCUUCAGCACGUCGCGUACCUCGAAAACCUGAACUUGAGCGAUAAUGCACUUCAUGGCGAUAUUCCAACCCUGCAGGGUCUGAAUAAGCUGAAAAUUGUUUCUCUGGCGAGAAAUAAAUUUUCAGGCUCAAUCCCGGAAGGUUUUAUGGCUUUGCCGAGAUUAACAAGGCUAGAGCUUCAAGAUAACCUUCUGAAUGGAAAGAUUCCAUCUUUUGAUCAGAAGAGCUUGACGGAGUUCAAUGUGUCGUAUAAUUUUUUAGAGGGUAAAAUUCCUGAGACUAGUGUGUUGCAGAGGUUUAAGGCUAGUUCAUUUGAUCAUAAUUUGAGGCUUUGCGGGAGACCUUUGAAUAAGCCAUGUCGAGGGUUAUCACCUUCGCCUUCGCCUUCGCCUUCAAUUGUUCCUCCAUCAAUUAUGCCAUCACCAACUUCAGGGCCGUCAAGAACGAAGAAAUUGGAGAACUGGGUUUUGAUUGUCAUCGGAGUUUGUGGGGUAAUGGCUCUUGCUAUGAUUGUUUUGUGUUGUUUGUGUUAUUAUAAGCGAAAUCGCAAAAAGGAAACAAUGAAGAAGCGUGAAGUUUCAGGGGAAACUUCUUCAGAAUUCCCUGUUAGCAGACCAGGAGGUUCAUUGUCCGGGGAAGGAACAAGCAAACUCGAAAGCCUAGAGUUCUUUGACAAGAGCAGGCAGCUCUUCAAUCUCGACGAGCUCUUAAGAUCUUCAGCAGAAGUUAUAGGGAAGUCAAAACUUGGCACUACGUAUCGAACAACGCUGGAGCAAGGCAACAUUGUGGUAGUGAAGAGGCUCAGAGGUGUGAGUGGAUUGAGCAGGAAGGAUUUUGUUCAGCAGAUGGAGAUUCUUGGUGCGUUGAGACAUGAAAAUCUUGUAGAGAUAAUUGCUUUUUAUUACUCCAAGGAUGAGAAGCUGGUGGUUUAUGAGCAUGUUGGUGAUGGGAGCUUGUCUCAUCUAUUACAUGACAACAGAGGAGUAGGAAGACUCCCUUUAAACUGGUCUUCCCGCCUAAAAAUUGCAAAAGGAAUAGCAAAAGCCUUAGCCUACCUCCACCACUCUCUCCCCUCUCAUAGAGUCCCACAUUCAAAUCUCAAAACCUCCAGCAUCCUCAUCCACGACCGCCGCCACCCGAAACUCACCGACUUCGGCCUCCUCCCACUCUUCCCCUCCCCCCACCUCGCCCAAGACCUCGCCAUCCGAUCCUCACCGGAGUUCUCUCAAGGGAAAAAACUCAACCAUAAAACUGACAUCUACUGCUUCGGUCUGGUACUCCUUGAGAUCAUCACGGGGCAAGUCCCCGAGGACCACGACGGGGAUUUGCCAUCGUGGGUUAGAUCGGCGAUUAGUUGCGACUGGUCGACGGACGUCUUGGAUUUGGAGAUUGUUGCGGAGAAGGAGAGGCAUGGGGAUAUGCUGAUGUUGGUGGACAUUGCACUCCAAUGCGCUGCAGUUGAGCCAGGAAGGAGGCCUAGCGUUAGUGUUUUGGUCGAGAGGAUUGAGGAGAUUAGUGAGGGAGAGGGAUGAUGAAGGGGGGGAUUUGAUUGAGAUAAUUCUUUUUAUUAUAACUUUACUUAGAUUUUUAUUUUUACUUUUUGCAAAUUAUAGUGUGUUUGCAAAGUUAUAGAGCGAGACAUGACACCCAAUUGGUUAGGAGGUUGAAGGAGGAAUUGGAUGUCGUGUGAUAUUCUCCUCAAUUUUGUUACAAUUUUGUUUAUAUUUUUUUUAUGGUUUUUUAU